AUGGGGAUUGUGAAGAUGCUGCUGCAUUUCAGGUGGACAUGGAUCGGUCUCCUUGCUCCAGACAGUGACAAAGGAGAACAAUUCCUGAGGACUUUGACCCCUCUGAUCAUCACGAGUGGGAUUUGCAUUGCCUUCAUGGAAAGCAUUCCAGAAUUGAAUGACGAACGCAAGAUGUUAAGUUUCCGGAAGUCUUCAUUUUUCAUGCAAAGAAAGUCUAAUGUAGCUGUUUACUAUGGGGACUCCCACACCAUGAUCAUGCUGGGAUUGAUGAUCAAAUAUACUGAAAGAACAAAAAAAUCCAUUGUGGGGAAAGUUUGGAUCACAGUAGUCUUGCAUGACCUCAGCUUGAGGUGCUUUUUCAAAUAUUUUGAUCUCCAGCACAUCCAUGGUUCUUUUUCCUUUUUGAUCCAUGCAAACACAAAGACCAAAUAUGACAAUUGGAAUUCCUUUCUUUUGACUCUCAAUAAAAUUGGGGAGGGAGCAUUUCAUUGUUCAUAUUCAAAUCAUGGGUUGUCUGUGAAAGGUGGGGAAAGAUGCAGAGAGAAAGAGGAAUGGGAGCCACCAUCCCAGGAUGAGCUAGAAAGUAUCCUGUCUCAAGAGAGCUACAGCAUUUACAACUCGAUCCAGGUGGUGGCACUUGCCUUGAAUGCGGCCUACUUGUCCAGAUCUAAUCGGAGGUCAAGUAGAGGCUGGCUGAGACUUCAGAAGCUGAAGCCAUGGCAGCUUCAUCCUUUCCUCAGAAACUUCCAGUUUUUUAAUCAUUCCAUGGAAGGAGUCUCUCUUGACAAGAAUGGAGACAUGGCCGUCAACUUUGAUAUUGUGAACUGGAUGGUGAAACCCAAUCGGUCGAUUGUUCGAAUUAACGUUGGCAGAGUAGAGAGACAAACAUCAGCAGAGAUCACGUUCACCAUCGAUCAGGAUGCCAUUGUGUGGCCCAGAUGGUUUAAUGAGGUUGGCAGUCUGUCAUCCCUGGCCAGUGCCCCAGCCCUUCUGAGGAGCAUGCAAGCAUAUCGUGCAGAUGCAAGUCAUUGCGAUAAAUGUCCAGAAGAUCAGCAUCCAAACCAGAUCCGAGAUCAAUGUGUCCCCAAGCACAUAACCUUCCUGUCCUAUGAAGAACCUUUGGGGUUCAUCCUAAAUUUCUUUACUCUUUCCUUCACGCUAAUCACAAGUUUUGUUUUGGGAAUCUUCAUUAAAUACUUAGAAACUCCAAUCGUCAAAGCCAACAAUCGGGACCUCUCGUACGUUCUCCUCAUCUCCCUCCUGCUUUCAUUUCUCUCCUCUUUUCUCUUCAUGGGUCAGCCCCAGAAGCUGACCUGCCUUCUCCGACAAACUGUCUUCAGCAUCAUCUUCUCCAUUGCCGUCUCCUCUGUGUUGGCCAAGACUGUCACUGUGGUGGUUGCCUUCAUGGCCUCACAGCCAGGCAGUAGGAUGAGGAAAUGGCUGGGGAAGAGCUUGGCAAACUCCAUUGUCUUUUCCUGUUCCGGUAUUCAGGUGGGCAUCUGCACUCUCUGGCUGGGCAUCUCUCCCCCCUUCCCAGACUCUGACAUGCACUCCCAGGCUGGACAGAUCAUCCUGCAAUGUAACGAAGGGUCUGUCACCAUGUUUUAUGCUGCCCUCGGCUACAUGGGCUUCCUGGCUGCAGUCUCCUUCUUGGUGGCUUUUCUGGCCAGGAAGCUGCCUGGGGCGUUCAAUGAAGCCAAGUUGAUUACCUUCAGCAUGUUGGUGUUCUGCAGUGUUUGGGUGUCCUUUGUGCCCACCUACCUGAGCACCAAGGGGAAAUACAUGGUGGCUGUGCAGGUCUUCUCCAUCUUGGCCUCUAGUUUGGGCUUACUGGGCUGCAUCUUCCUUCCCAAAUGCUACAUUAUUAUACUGAGGCCUUAUCUGAAUACAAAGGAACACCUAAUGAUGAAACAUAAUAGCUUCUUUAAAGGGAGUGGAUGA